AGUUCGAUGAUGGCGGCGGCAGCGCCAGCUGACUGACAGCGACAGACAACCGGCCAAUGUUGUUUUCGUCUGGAUCGCCUGUUUGACUUUGAACCCUGCACUUGUCGUGUUAAAAUCCGCACUCAACGGUCUGUUCGUCCACGCGUCGGUCAUCUAGACCUACACUUUGAUUCGGCGGGUUGUUGUAACCUCCUCUGAGAACUAUUGCAGGAAACUUGAUCCCAGCACCCAUUCAAAAAUGACACUUGCCGGCAGAACUUUGUUCAUUACUGGGGCUACUAGAGGGAUUGGCAAAGCCAUCGGUCUGCGUGCUGCCAAGGACGGUGCAAAUGUUGUUAUUGCUGCGAAAUCUGCUAAACCUCAUCCCAAGCUUCCGGGCACUAUCUACACGGCAGCCGAAGAGAUUGAGGCUGCCGGUGGCAAGUGCCUCCCUUGCGUUGUCGAUGUACGAGAAGAGCAGCAGGUGCAAGAUGCGGUUAACGCAGCUGUCAAGCAAUUUGGCGGUAUCGACAUUGUAGUGAACAACGCUAGUGCCAUAUCCCUCACAGACACUUUGGCAACAGACAUGAAAAGAUACGAUUUGAUGCAGAGUAUAAACGCCAGGGGCACUUUCCUUGUGUCUAAACUCUGCUUGCCUCACCUCAAGAAGAGUCCCAACCCUCACAUUCUUAAUCUUAGUCCGCCUCUAAACAUGUCAAAGCACUGGUUCCGUCCCCAUGUUGCUUAUACAAUCGCAAAGUAUGGCAUGUCAAUGUGCGCCCUUGGCAUGGCUGAAGAGUUUGCCCCUGAUGGAAUUGCUGUCAACACCCUUUGGCCAAAGACAGUUAUUUUUACCGCUGCCAUUGAGAUGCUCACUGGGUCCGAAUCUGCUCGAUUUGCUCGUAAACCUGACAUUGUAUCAGAUGCCGCUUACUUCAUUCUCACCAAGCCCUCUCGGUCCUGCACUGGCAAUUUCUUUGUCGAUGAGGAGGUUGUCAAGGCAGAAGGCAUCAAAGAUCUGACCCAUUACGCUUGUGACCCAAGUAAUGCACAUGGGCUCAUGCCGGACCCUUUCCUCGAUGAGUUCCCUGUGGCUGAUUCUGGUAGCCAAACAGUGGAGGAAGGAAAUGCUGCCAUCAACAAAGUAUUUACAGCAAUUCAGAACAAUAUCAGCCCUGCAUAUGUCCAAAAUGUUCAAUCUGUGUAUUUGUUCAAAAUUAAAGGUGUUGAAGACGGUCUGUGGUACCUGGAUUUGAAGAAUGGCAAUGGGUCUUGUGGCAAAGGAAAACCAGAAGGCAAGGCAGACUGCACUAUUUCUAUGGAUUACAAGAGUCUGCUUGAUUUGGUGUCAGGCAAAUGGAAGCCAUCUGCAGCUUUCAUGACAGGAAAAGUUGCUGGGGAUCUGCAAGCUGCGAUGAAGCUGGAAAAAUUUGUUGAAUCAUUGAAGAACUGAAGAUUUUUUUAUUUGCUCAUUGUUUUAAGGAAAAAAAGAGGCUAUCAAAACUGAUAGACUACUCUCUUGCCAAAUAGACAAAACAAAUGUGUGUAUAAAGUCAUUCAUUUUUUUUUUUGUGUACUGAAAUGGCUCAACUAUCUGUGAUCAUUUCUAUACUGUUUUUGAUAUCUGAGCCUUUAAAGUGCUACCCUAUUUUUUAGUUUCUUUACUUACAAUUUUUUUCCUAUUACAAUACAUUUUAAAUAAUUGAGCAUCUUGCUUCGUUUUAUGAACUGUAUACAUAUCAGAGCAGUAUUUUUAUCUAGUAUUUUUGCUAUGAUUGUUCUUUUAUGACCAGAUUUUAUCCUUGUGUAGGUCUACCCCUUGCAUGUUAUACUGUGCCCCUAAUUUUGUACAUCACGCUUCUGUAAUCAGGACAAUAAAUUUGUUUUUAUUUUGAUGUUAA